AACUUGGUAAUUUUGGCACGAUUUUCGCGAUAUUUUUAACAUUUACAAACAGUGUACGUGAUUAAAAUUACGUAAUUCGUUAAUAUUAUCUGAAACAGUGCACCCGUUUAGUGUUUUUAUAUUAUUUGGUAAUGAUUACCUGAGCAAAGCCGUUAAAUCCACAUAACCUAAAAAUCAAAACAAAUCGAAAUGGCAACAAAAUUCAAUACUGCAGCUUACAAUUUUCGCAAAAAAUGCCCUUUCGUGAGCAAGGAUCUGCUACGUUGGUUUCCGGGGCACAUGAACAAGGGAUUAAAACAAAUGCAAAGGAAGUUGAAGUCAGUUGAUUGUGUGAUUGAAGUACACGACGCGAGGAUACCCUUUACGGGCCGAAAUCCUAUAUUUACGAAUACAUUAACGGGUGCUAAGCCUCAUAUAUUAGUUCUAAAUAAGAAGGACUUGACAGUGAGUUCAUUAAUACCCCGGAUAAAGGAGCAGUUGAAGACAGAGGAGGGAGUGCAGAACAUCGUGUUCACGAACAGUAAGGAUCAGAGCUGUCGAGGACUGAAGACGUUGAGGCCGCUGAUGGUUGAUCUGAUUAAAGAUUCGAAUAGGUAUAAUAGAGCUGAAGAGUCGGACUACAAUGUAAUGAUCAUUGGGGUCCCAAACGUGGGCAAGUCGUCCUUGAUCAACAUGCUGCGGUCGAGGAACAUGGGCAUCGGGCACGCAUUGCCUGUCGGCGCUGUAGCCGGUGUCACGAGGAGUGUCAUGAUGAAGAUCAGGAUUAAUAAUAAUCCUAAUAUAUUCAUGUUGGACACACCUGGCAUCCUAGAACCGUCAGUAACAGACGUCGAAAUGGGUUUAAAGCUGGCCCUGUGCGGCAACCUGCAAGAUCACCUGGUGGGCGAAGAGGCCAUCGCUGACUACCUGCUCUACUGGCUGAACAAACACGGCUGCUUCAGCUAUGUGGACUACAUGGGGCUGGUUGAACCCAGCGAUGAUAUUAACAAGGUACUAAUCUCAGGUGCGGUGAAGUUCAACCGGAUCCGGCGCACUCGGGACUUCGACGGGACCAUGCGAGAGGUCCCGGACUUCAUCGAGGUGGCCCGGACGAUGAUCAAGGCCUUCCGGACCGGGGAGCUCGGCCGGACGCUUCUGGACGUCGAGCUGCUGAAGUACUAUACGAAGGAGAAGGAGAACCUUAUGGCGUAGGUAAUUGAGAUUCGAGUGACCAAUGACUUUGUUAACGUUAUGAUUGACCGUCUAGAAAGGUGAAUCGUGUGGGAUAG